CGGUCUGGACGUGCUGCUCUGAAUUGUUUAAAAAAAGAACAGCUUUAAAAGAGCGGCAAAUAAUUGUUUACUUGGAAUACAAAGUUUUUGAAUAAGUAAAUUUUGGGUAAUACAUAAUAAAAAAUAUAUCAUUUAAAGUGAUGUUACUGAUUUUGCAAUUUUCUGUGUAAAAUGACUGUAUGCCAAGUGCAGUGAUAAGAACUUUAGUGGUACUAGUGAAAAGUGGGUCGCAGUUUUCGGAGAGUGAACUUGUGCAACCAUUAUUUUUUGUGCAAUAAAUUAUAAAAAAUAUUGUUUGAAAGUAGAAUGAUCUUACUCUGAAAACGAAACGAAAUCAAAAUGACAACACGAACGAUCCUAGUAUGGGUGUGUCUGCUCGCCGUGUGUUACGGUCAGAGGGCUGAACAUCUGUUGGCCCAGAAUCCAUGUUCGAGUAAAACAACUUGUAGUGACUGUGCAAGGACAGCGACUUGUGCUUGGUGCUUCGCCCCUGAGUUUAAUGGACCGAGAUGCUUCAAUCCUGCCAUGGAAGGAGGCACCGCAGGGUGUGAUGAAGCUUACAUCUUUAACCCUGAUAAUCAGCAGUCUAUCGAUCCUAUGUACAACAGAGAGUUGACAAGAGCUAAGGGCCGAAUGGGCAUUGGCAUGGAAUCGGGCUACUACGAAGAGUCUAUGAGUAGUAGUAGUAGUAGCAGUAGUGGUAGUAGUGUCAAAGGCGGUGGUGGUUACAUGGCUGCUGGAGCUGGAGGAGAAAACUUGGUGCAAAUUAAACCGCAACGUGUUAAACUACAGUUACGUAUGAACCAAAUGCAAAAGAUGUCUUUCUCGUACGCCCAGGCGCAAGAUUAUCCAGUAGAUUUGUACUACCUCAUGGACUUGAGUAGGUCGAUGAAAAACGAUAAAGAAAAGCUCAGUACUUUGGGUAGUUUGUUGUCAAGUACCAUGAGAAAUAUUACAUCAAACUUUAGGAUUGGAUUUGGGUCUUUCGUGGAUAAACUCGUGAUGCCAUAUGUGUCUACUGUACCGAAGAAUUUGAUUUCACCGUGCGAUGGCUGCGCUGCGCCUUAUGGAUACAAAAAUCAAAUGUCGCUCAGCAAUGAUACAGACUUCUUUGACAAAGCAGUAGCCCAAGCUGACGUGUCAGGAAACCUGGAUGCUCCCGAAGGUGGCUUCGAUGCCAUAAUGCAGGCCGUGGUCUGCAAACAGGAGAUCGGCUGGAGGGAACACGCAAGGAAACUGCUCGUCUUCUCAACUGACGCCGGGUUCCAUUACGCGGGAGAUGGAAAGUUGGGUGGUAUUGUUCAACCAAAUGAUGGGGAGUGCCAUAUGGAAGACAACUCGUACACACACUCUACAGUGCAAGAUUAUCCAAGCAUUUCGCAAAUUAACCUUAAGGUGAAAGAGCAUGCUAUCAACGUAAUAUUUGCGGUAACGGCUGAGCAGAUUAAUGUGUAUGAGCAGUUGAGCAGACAUAUUGAGGGCUCCAGCAGUGGAAUACUUAGUGAUGAUUCGGAUAACGUUGUGGACUUGGUCCGGGAACAGUAUAAUAAAAUUACGUCGACAGUAGAAAUGAAGGACACGUCAAGUGACGCAGUGCAGAUUAUGUAUUAUUCAUCAUGUUUGGGGAGCAAAGAUAAGCUCGUACAGACUAAUAAGUGUGAGGGACUAAAGGUAGGAGACGUGGUCGAAUUCUCAGCCGAAAUUACCCUAAAGGAGUGCCCCAAGGACCCGAGCAAGUGGCGACAGACAUUCACGAUAUAUCCUGUGGGUGUUUCUGAGAGUCUCACUGUGGAACUUGACAUGCUCUGUGACUGUCCCUGCGAGCACCCGGGACAUCAUGCCUACAAUGACAGUCCGCUAGUGUGCAGCGGUCAAGGCAUAUCUGCUUGUGGUGUCUGCGUGUGCCAUCCAGGACGUUUUGGCAAGAGCUGUGAAUGUUCAGCUCACAGCGGAGUAUCCUUGGAACAGGAGAGAGGAUGUCGUCCGACGAACGCAACGUCUGGACCACUUUGCUCCAACCGGGGAACCUGUAUCUGUGGUGUCUGCGAGUGUAAUAAGAUGGAUGAUAUGCUUAAGGUGAUAUCGGGUCCAUUCUGCGAAUGCGAUAACUUCACGUGUGAUAUGAAUCAUGGCGAGAUUUGUUCCGGUCCGUCCCAUGGCGAGUGUGUCUGUGGCAAGUGCAACUGUAAGCCAGAAUACACAGGUCCUGCCUGUCAGUGCCUUAAGGAUCAGAGCGCCUGUAUCUCACCAGAGAACGGCAAGAUUUGCAGCGGAAAUGGUAAAUGUGUGUGCGGUCAGUGUGUGUGCAGUGUGGACGACGAUCGACACUACACCGGCAAGUUUUGUGACAAUUGUCCUACAUGCCCAGGUAGAUGUGAAGACUUUAAACACUGUGUACUCUGUGAAGUCCACAAACGAGGUCCGCUCUAUAAUCCGGAUCAACCGGGUCGGGACUGUGGCGAAUGCGCUCUUUAUCCGGAAGUUGUCGAGGGCAAGAUUGAAGCCAACGAAACAUUGAACGAGCACUUGUGCAGUUUCUACGACGACGAAGACUGUCUGUACGUAUACGUUUAUUCGUACAACGACACACGCACCGUACACAUACGCGCGCAGAAGGAACACGAGUGUCCCAGAAAGGUCUUUAUCUUGGGAAUAGUUCUGGGUGUGAUUGCGGCGAUAGUGCUUGUGGGUCUGGCGCUCCUGAUGUUGUGGAAGAUGGUCACCACGAUACACGAUCGUAGGGAGUUCGCCAGAUUCGAGAAGGAGCGUAUGAUGGCCAAAUGGGACACUGGAGAGAAUCCAAUUUAUAAACAGGCAACAUCUACCUUCAAAAAUCCCACAUAUGCGGGAAAAUAAGCGAAACAGUGAUUAUCACUGGUAGUGGUUACUAAGUCAUCAGUAUUUGAAUAUUUGUAUUGUAAAGAUGUACUGUCAGCAAAAUAUUAUCGCAUUUAUAUUUUUUAAAUCGCUAUUGACUGUAUACGUAUUGAUUUUGACGAUAACGGAAUCUCAUUGCAAUUUUAAGCAGUGUUAACGUUAUAGAAAUGUUUUGUCUCAUUCCGUCAAAGUGUAUCAACCUGUGAUGAAAAGAGACAAUGAAUGCUGUAGUUAAAAUGUGUAAUUAGAUUUUGUUUUUAAAGGUUUUAUAUAGAUCUAUACGAAUUAAAGAUAACCAUUACGGUCCCAUCGAAUA